UUAACCCCUGCCUCUCUAGCUUCCUUCCAUAUACAAUUCUCUAGCUAGCUACUCCUUGCCAUAAACCGAACCCAUCGCCAAAUCCCAGAAUCAAUCUUCUUCUUCUUCUUCUUCUUCUCCAUGGUACAUCUCGAGGAGGUUCAUGAGGUUACCGGCGCCGGCACUGCCGGCGGCCAUGAUGAUGAUGAUGAACAUCGGCAGCUGACCGUCGCCGUCAAUGGCGGAAGCGGCAAGAAGAAGAAGAAGAUGCUGAUGAAGAAGGAGAAGCAUGAGGUGGUGCCGCAGCUGCGGUUCCCGCCGGGGUUCCGGUUCGAGCCGACGGACAUGGAGCUGCUGGAGGUGUUCCUCCGCCGCAAGAUUGACGGACGGAAGCUGCCUCUUGAAGUCAUCUUCUUCGAUGUCCCCAUCCUCAACUGGGAACCCCACAAGCUCGUCGAGGCACGAAAGGCAUAUGGGGUGGACAGGUGGUACUUCUUCACCAAGAGGGAGCCGUGCCUGACGAACAAGGAAGGCGAUCCUCGGCGAAAGUUGAACGACGUGGUUGGGGUGUCGGCGGGUUGGAAGAGCUCAGGGAAGACAGAGGAGUUCUUCCGGGGCCCGUCGGGGCAGCUCGUCGGGACCAGGAAGCUCCUCGUCUACUAUAUAGGAGGUGAGGCCGACAAGUGGACCAUGCAUGAGUACAUCUUGGCUGAUUGCAAAGACCAGAUGGAUCAGUUCGUUCUAUGCACGAUCCAAGAAAAGAAAUACAUUGACGCUAAUUGUAAGAGACGUAAGAGGAUAUCAGAUGGUAGCAAGGAGCCGUCGACGAGGAAGAAGAAAACUGCAGCCACCACCUCUCAGCAGCCGGAGCAGGCCACAGAGCAUGAAGAGACCUCAGUUUACUCAGAUGAGCAUCAUCUAUCUUUGCAGGAAGAACACCUCAUGACACCACUGCCAUUGUUGGAGCACGGGCAACAUCACCACCAAUCCUUGCAAGAAGAACACGCCAUGACGUUAUAUGAGCCGAUUACUGCUACCCAUGGCACUGACCUACACGAAGGAUACCUAGAUGGAGAUCACCAUAAUUACAAUGUCGAUGUCGAUACGGAAGAGCAAACAUUAGCAUACAACGAUGGAUUCUUUGAGACACCAUUGAUGAUGAUGCCCCAACAACAUGUCUACCAAGCUUCAGUAGAAGAGAUGGAGUUACAGACAACAUAUGGCUUGAACCAAUCCACCAUUCUAUUCAACUAUCAGUACGCGAGUGAACAUCAGCUCAACAAUGCCAUGGACCCGGUCGUCUACGCAAAUGACAAUCAGGGGCAGCAGUUGACGAUAUGUGAUGAUUACACAAGUCAAAUCUCCUCACAAGUAGUCAAUACCAUGGAGUGUGCUAAUUGCCAUGAUCAUCAUCAGCUCUGUCAGCAACCCACAGCACAGGGGUAUUACCAGAAAACAGGAACUUUAGAAGAUAUUUUGGGAUGCCCUCUGCGACCAGGCUCGCUUGACACAAGCCCGGACACCGUGUUCGAAGGACCGGAGCCGCUUUCUUAUGCAGCACCUGGUGACGAUGCUGAAGGUGACCUAAGUAAUGACUGUUUUGGUGAUAACCUAGUUGACAACAAUGGUUGCAACGAUGCAACAAUGGCGUUGUUGCCAGAUGAGGAGGGCAAUAUGGGGACGAAUGGCGGCAGAGAGUGGAUGAUGUGGUGAGUGUGGGUACUAUCCGGUGUUGUUUUUUGUGUGGGCCUUGAUGUCAUUGAUCCAUGGGUAUGUUGCCCCUUUUGGAUUUUGGAUUAUUUACAAGAACAAACAAUUUAUAUAUAUUUUGCUACUUAUUUACGUGAGUGUCGCUUCUUUUUUUACC